AUGGAUGCUCUCCUUUUGCGAACACUUUGUGCUGGCCUUCUGGUAAAUAUUCAUGGCUCUGAAUUGACACAGAGUGCAGUGAGUUUUUCAACUGCCGUCCUCUCAACUGUGGCUGAAGCUUUACAAUUGAACACACAAGCACUGCUCACCCAAGCAGCUGAAAAGAUCAUAACAGUACAGGCAAAUGGGAAGAGUGCAGAAAAUGACUAUGCUGAUAAGCCAAAUGAAGUGAAAGCUGUGAUUGAUGAAAUGGAGAACUUACUGAGGUCUCAGCAGAUUGCUGUAGAAAUUGCUGCCAAUUUGUGUUGCACUGAUGAUGAUGAGUAUGAAGAAAUUGACAGUGAGGAAUCUGUAUCAUCAGCUGAUGAAAUGGUCUGUGAUGUUGAAAUGGAAACUGAAAAUGGUGCCUCUCUGUCACCUUCUUGCCUUCCAGAAGAGAUUCACCAGGCCUUUGUCAAGUUCAACAUUCUUCAUCAUGUUCUGAAUAAGAUUGAAUGCCCAGAGUUACCUGCUGAUAACCAGUUGCUGGUCACAGAUGAUAAACUAAAGAAAGGUGUCCAUCAGUUACGAGUCCAUGCACUUUUUACUUUGGCUAACAUUAUUUCAACCCUGGAUCUAGAAGCCAUUGGUGGUCCACAGUGUCUGUACGAUAUCUGCCAUGGUCUUGUUAAGCUAGGAGGCUUACAUACAGGUGGUGACCUAGACCUUGAGUAUGUCGAAGCAGUCAGUAGUGCCCUUCGAGCUGUUGUCCAGAAAAUUGCAGAAAGCAAAAUGACUAAGUUUUCAGAGUUGAUGUCUACAGAGUCCAUGUCAAUGUUUGAAAUGAUGCGACAUUGUCCCCGUCAUGAAAUCAGAGUUAAUGCUGUUCGAAUUUUGUCUUCUAUUGGAAGUGCUCUUCUUUCUACACCAGAGGCUUAUAAAGAUUUAAAGCCAAUUGGUCUGGCUCUUGUCAGCAUGGCAUCUCAGGACAAAGAUCUUCAUGUUGUUGCUGAAGCAUUGGAUGCCAUUUUCGAUAUUUUUGCUGAAGACGAUGUCAACCCAAUCAUGAAUGAGAUUGGCCUUUUGGAUCAACUAAGGAAAAUAUUGGUUGCACUUAAACCUCAAGCAACAGCUUCUCGAGAAGUGAAGCGUAAAUUCAAAGACCCUGUCAUCAGCACUGCCAAGCUCAAUUUGGUGCGGUUCAUCCAGUACAAGUCAAAUGUGACCACCCAACACACAGCAAUGAGUUGUGACAAAUAA